AUGGUUACUGUCAAUCUAGGGAUGCUUCAUUAUGUAUUGGACCAUGUAUAUGGUGCUUUUGUUCAUAGAACAAAGAUAAGCCCACCAUUUUUUUCAAGAGGAUGGGGUGGAACAAAGCUUGAUCUUUUAGAGAAAUUGAUCAAACAGCUAUUCCCUGAGGUUAAAGGACCGAACUGGCCUCCUAUUUUGGUUCGACCCAUUUCGAGAACAGUUUGGGAAACUAAGACUGCUUGUUUGAGGGAAGGGGUUUUCAAGACUCCUUGUGAUGAGCAGCUUUUAAGUGCAUUGCCUCUUGAAAGUCACAAUGCAAAAGUUGUUUUUCUUUCCCCUAAAUUUGUGCAGCCGCAAAAGAUGGCUUGUGUGGUUCAUCUUGCAAGUAAAAUUUGUAGCUUGUGA